UAUCCAAACAAAAACACAAUCGACCGUCGUGACAACUCUCGGGUCUGACCUCACUGUUAGACAACAGCCCGGCAGGUAACACCUCCAUCACAAUGGCUCCCACUGAGAACACAACUGAUGAUACAAAGCUGAUCUCAAGAGAAAGACAAGAUAAUGAAGGGUGGUACAAGCUGUCAUUCGACAAUGGCUACAUAGGUCAUUACCCGUACGUAUGGCUGAAAGACAACUGUCGCUGCUCGGCUUGUUACCAACCUACCGCCUGGCAACGUACAUCCCAUAUCGCAGAUCUGGACCCAGAAAUUAUUCCCCAAUCCGACGAUCUCACCGAUGGUGGUGCCGGGUUCAGAAUCAACUGGCCAGGGGGCCAUCGCAGCGACUUCCUGGCAGAAUGGCUGAAUCGUCAGCGCUUCUCGGAGACCGAAAAGGACUUCGUGGACGGACAGAAACUGGCGAUAUGGGGAGCAGAGAUGGACACAGAUGUGGAGAAAUUCGACUUCAACAAGAUUGUAACAAGCGACACCGAGUUGUAUAACUGGCUGAGUGUACUUGGUAGUAAAGGGAUGGCUAUGGUGCAAGGGGCUCCGUUGAAGGUUGGAGCUGUUGGGCAGCUUGCCAAGAGAGUUGCUUACCUCCGAACCACGGUAUAUGGAGAUACGUUCCAGGUGUUCAGCAAACUUGACGCUAGCAGUGUUGCUUUCACACCUAAAUCUCUGGGACUCCACAUCGAUCAGCUCUUCUAUGAAUACAUACCCGGUAUCCAAAUGCUGCAUUGUAUUGAGCAGGCGGGUGAAGGUGGUGAGAAUCAGUUCGUAGAUGGCGUCAAUAUUGCAGAGCAGUUGAAACGAGAUUAUCCCGAGGAGUAUCAAAUAUUACGCACGACGCAGAUUGAUUUCAGAGACGCAGGGGAUGACCACCUCAGAUACCAUCUGAAAAGUAGACGUCCCAUGAUUCAAUAUGACCGACAUGGUAACUUCAUGUGCAUAAAUUACAGUGAUCACUGUCGAUCAACUGAGCUAUCUCUACCCGUGGAUCAAGUCAAGAAACUCUACAAGGCUAUAAAGGUAUUCAACAGCGUCAUGUAUCGACCAGAAAACGUCUUUUCCCACCGUAUGGACCCAGGCGAGAUCAUGACAUUCAGUAAUGGCCGUGUAAUGCAUGGUCGCAGUGCCUUCAAGUUGACGAGUGGGAGUGGUUCAAGACAUCUGGAAGGAGGUUACUUUGAUUGGGAUGAGGCUAAAUCUGCAUUGCGUGUACUCAGAGAGAAUCUAUUUGGAGACAAAAGGCUUUAAAGAUUCUAUGUACUUUUUCUUACACAAAACCCAAUGUCCACAGAUUGUCAUUGAAGGCAGUGGA